AUGCCGGACGAGGGCACGGACGCCGACGCCAUCGACCCGGCGACGAAGUGGUGGAACCGGCCCAUCAAGCCGGAGACGGGCAUCGGCACGCACACGCUCGACGUCGAGAUCCUCGUCGCCGGCGACGGCUACCGCUUCCCCAAGCCGGGCAACGUCGUCGCCGUCCAGUACGUCGGCUACCUGCCCAGCGGCAAGGUCUUCGACUCGACCUACCGCCGCGGCGCGGCGCCGGCGCCGAAGAGAGAUCGCACGCCGUUCAAGUUCAAGCUCGGCCAGAACCAGGUCAUCGAGGGCCUCGACACGGCCAUCUCCCAGCUGAGCGCCGGCGAGCGCGCGAAGAUCCGCGUCGGCUCCGAGCGCGCCUUCGGGAAGAAGGGCUUCCCCUACCUCGUGCCGCCGUCGACGCCGCUCGUCUUCGACCUCGAGUACCUCGGCUCCGAGUGA